CAGACACAAGCCAGCAGCCCUGUCCCGUCUUGUAUUUCCCACAUGUCGCGAAAGCAGGUGGAUCAUGACUACAGCCUCCGUAGUAUGAGCAACCUGAUGGGCGAGCGCUGGAAGAAAGUGGACGAUGGAGGAGAGCGGAGUCUCAUCAAGGCUCCGUCCAGCGCCAGCAUCAGCACCCAGGGCGCCGCUGCCGGAGGGUCCGCCGCCAGUGCCCCUGGAGCGGCUGCCGGGGGAGCGGCAGGAGCCGCAUCCACUUCCUCCGCCGUGGACCUGGAGAGGGCUGCCCGCAAGCAGUUCCAGCAGGAUGUCACGCCGGGCUUCGUCUACGUCCUGGCCGUGUUCUCCGCGCUGGGGGGCUUCCUGUUCGGCUACGACACCGGGGUGAUCUCCGGGGCGAUGCUCCUGCUGAAGCGGGAGCUGGAGCUGAGCGCCCUGUGGCAGGAGCUGCUCAUCUCUUGCACUGUGGCCGCGGCCGCCGUGUCUGCGCUGCUGGGCGGCUUCCUCAACGGGCUCUUCGGGCGCAGGGUGUGCAUACUGCUGGCCAGCUUCUCCUUCACGCUCGGGGGGAUCGUGCUGAGCACCGCCCCCGGGAAAGAGGUGCUGCUGACGGGGAGGCUCAUCGUGGGAGUCGGGCUCGGCAUUGCUUCGAUGACAGUGCCUGUGUACAUCGCUGAGGCCUCUCCGCCCCACCUCAGAGGUCAGCUGGUGACCGUCAACACCCUCUUCAUCACCGGGGGACAGUUCACUGCCAGCCUCAUUGACGGCGCCUUCAGUUACCUGCAGCGCGAUGGGUGGAGGUACAUGUUGGGUCUGUCAGUGGUUCCCGCUGUGCUCCAGUUCAUUGGAUUCCUGUUCCUGCCGGAGAGCCCUCGCUGGCUAAUCCAGCGUGGGCUGACCCAGAAGGCCCGCCGCGUGCUCAGUCAGAUCCGAGGCAACCAGAACAUCGACGAGGAGUACGACAGCAUCAAGAACAGCAUCGAAGAGGAGGAGAAGGACAGCGGAGGAAAUGGCCCAGUGAUCUGGCGGAUGCUGACCUACCCGCCGACUCGGCGCGCCCUCCUGGUGGGCUGUGGUCUUCAAAUGUUCCAACAGCUUUCAGGAAUCAACACCAUCAUGUACUACAGCGCCACCAUCCUGCAGAUGUCUGGAGUGCGGAAUGACAGGCUGGCAAUCUGGUUGUCCGGGCUCACCACCCUCACCAACUUCCUGUUCACCCUGCUGGGAGUGUGGCUGGUGGAGAGAGUGGGACGUAGGAAGCUCACUCUGGGCAGCAUCAUAGGCACAAGUUUGAGUUUGAGUCUGUUGGCCACCGGUUUUCUGAUAUCUGCCCAGCACAGUCCUCCUGUCACCUUCCACCCAUUAGACCCCGCCAUGGCCAACUCUACUUGCUCCAAGUACCAGCUGUGUGAGCCGUGCAUGCUGGACCCUGGGUGUGGCUUCUGUUACCGUGAGAAUGGCUCGGCACUCCUCGCCUCCUCCUGUGUUGCAGUCAAUAAGGCCUCCACCGAGCGAGCCGCAUGGGGCAGAUGCUCCAACUCCAGCCUGAUGAGAGAUCAGACGUACUGGGCCUACAACUACUGUCCCACCUCCUACUCCUGGCUGGUUCUGCUGGGUCUGGUGCUCUACCUGGCUGCUUUCGCUCCAGGGAUGGGUCCAAUGCCGUGGACCAUCAACUCAGAGAUCUACCCGCUGUGGGCGAGGAGCACAGGGAACGCCUGCGCUGCCGGAAUCAAUUGGACCUUCAACAUUCUGGUGUCUGUCACCUUCCUCCACCUGGCUCAGUACAUCACCUACUAUGGAGCUUUCUUCCUCUACUCCAGUAUGGCCUUACUGGGUUUCAUCUUCAUCUACGGAUGCCUGCCAGAGACCAAAGGCCGGCGUCUGGAGGAGAUCGAGGCGCUUUUCGAGAACCAGCUCUGCUCCUGUGGCGCCACCGAUUCUGACGAGGGACGGCAGGUCGAGUACAUCCGGGUCAAAGGCUCAAACUAUCAUCUAUCAGACAACGACGCAUCUGACGUGGACUAG